UGCCAUCGGAGAGAGAGAUGAGGGAGGUACCGUCAGGUUCCAUUGAAUCGAGACACCUGAUUAAAUAAUUCCAGCUACCGUUCAACUUCUAUCCUUUCCGUCUUUUUUCAUGACUCUUUCCAACAAGCAGCGUCGUCUUUCGCAUAUCGCUUGAAUUGAAAACUCUCUCUCAUUUUUUUUUUCUUUGGUGUCCCAACCAAGGGGGAGGGAAAUCAUCAUCAUCAUCAUGAGAAUACUAACCUCACUCUCCUCCUCGGCCGCUAUUCUACUAGUAGCUUUCGGGAGCCACCAACUGGUCCAAGCAUGCCAGCACCACCAUGGCCAUGGCGGUGACGGUGACGGUCAUGAUAACAAACAAUGGACGAUAACACCCGAAGAACUAGCCGAACUGAAAGAGUUGGAGAGAAAAUGGGGGACGGAUUGGUCAUUCUCCGGCAUAACCACCUUUGCCCAUCUCAAACACGUCAAGUGCCUGACUACGCCCAGCGAGAAGUUUGAUAUUGCCAUUGUUGGCGCGCCGUUUGACACGGCUACUUCUUAUCGGCCUGGCGCCCGCUUCGGUCCCCGCGCCAUCCGCCAGGCAUCAAGCAGACAAACCUCCUUCCGCGGCUUCAAUCCCCGCGCAAGUAUUAACCCGUACGCGAGCUGGGCGACCAUCAUAGACUGUGGUGACAUCCCUAUCACGCCAUUUGACAAUGCUGUGGCGCUGGAGCAGAUGUCGGAGGCUUUUGUUGAGCUGGGGUCGAGAAGUGCUGCCCUGGGUGAGACGGAGAAGGGGAAGGGGAAGGGGAAGAGGAAGCCAAAGUUGAUUACUCUCGGUGGUGAUCACAGCUUGGCGCUGCCGGCGUUGAGAGCGUUGAGGAAGGUAUAUGGGAGGGAGGUGAGGGUUGUGCAUUUUGAUGCCCACCUCGACACCUGGCACCCAGCCAAGUACCCCUCCGCCUGGCCCUCGACCCAAUCGCACUUCAACCACGGCUCCAUGUUCUGGCUCGCCGGGCAAGAAGGUCUUUUGUCCAACAGUUCUCCCGCCUCCAACAUCCACGCCGGCCUCCGCACCCGCCUCUCCGGCACUGACCCCUCUGAUUUUGUCGAUGACGCCUCGCAAAACUGGCUGCGCAUAUCAGCGGACGAUAUCGACGACCUCGGCGGUCCCGCAGGCGUCAUAGCUGCCAUCAUGGACCAAUUUGACUUGAACGACCCCGAUCCAGACCCGGUGUACCUGUCCAUCGACAUUGACGUGCUUGAUCCGGCUUUCGCUCCAGGCACGGGCACGCCGGAGCCGGGAGGGUGGACGACCAGGGAGUUGAUAAGGAUUUUAAGAGGGCUGGUGGAUGUGCUGAAUGUGGUGGGUGCGGAUGUGGUGGAGGUUAGUCCGGCGUAUCAAGGGAGAGGGGAGGAAACGGCAUUGGCGGCUGCGCAGGUUGUCUAUGAAGUGCUGACGGGGAUGGUUAAGAGGGGGUUGAAGAACGGUUUUAGUGAGGAAAAGGUGAAGGGUGGUGGUGUUGACAAGGCUCAUGAUGAACUUUGAUCCUUGGCCGUUUACCUGGUAGACUAGUUCUCGUGGAUGUUGUAGCCCUUGCAAGCUACCUCUACCGAGGCCGAUGGAAGCUCGUAUAUCGGGAAGCUGUUGGAGUCACACCCGGACCCUCCUGACAAGCCAGGCAUGCAUUCUCCCAAGGAACGUGAGAGUGGAAUUAGAACCGUAUCGAUGUAGCUGACUCACGGAGCACGAGCGGUCAGACCUCCGUCUGAUAACGGAAAUGUGUCUGGACCUUGGUGCUCUGACACGGGACGAAUCAUGAACACCAGAUGUUUCAACUGGUGCCAUCGAGAGUCAAGACUUAGAUGUAAUGUCAUUGAGUGAGGGCAGUCAUGUUUGGGCGUCUUGGUGAGUCUUCAGUUCCAUAUGCCGAGGGAUUCAAGAGGAAUGAGCUGUUAUCGCGAAUGAUGUUGUUGAAUAUUGUUGUUAGAGGUUCG